GGUGUUACAUGAAGAAGGAAGAUGUUCUGAAGAUACUUCGAAAUAGAAUAGAGUUAGAAUAGAGAACAGUGGGGAUUAGUCGUUUUAGAACUAUGGUGAUCAGUGAUUGGUUGUUGAGAACAGUGGCAGUCAUUGAUUGGCUGUUUGCUACAUCAGCUUGCACAAGCACAAUUCAGUCAGGAUUUACACACUAGUGGUGACUCGAGUGAACCUGCUCUCUCAACUCCUAUAACCAGCAGCUGUGAUAUGAGCUGAAGAGCCGUAUCGGGUGCAGGACUUUCACUAACAUCAGUUCAAGAAGUAGCAAGAUUUGUCGUUUUUAAAAAAUAAAUAAAUAAAUAAAAACAUUUUAUAAAGUUGCUAAAGGUGUCACUGUGGAAAAUUCCCCAUAUUAGGGGAACAUGGACUCAAGUGGCAUACCUUCCACAGGCCAGAUUUUGCUCCUGGCCACCAGUUCAGCUCUCAGUGCUCUCCUUUACUCGGUGUACAGGAAGAAGGCCAGCAGUGCUGCUAGAUUAAGCGAAGCCAAGAAAAUAUCAUUAGAUCAAGAUCUGCAGAGUAUCCUUGCUGAAGCUCCAGGCAAAUGUAUACCAUACGCUGUUAUAGAAGGGGUUGUUCGGUCUGUUAAAGACACCUUGAACAGUCAGUUUGUGGACAGCUGCCAAGGUGUGAUCGCCAGACUGACACUAAAGGAGAAGAAGAUGGUGUGGAAUCGGACCACUCAUAUCUGGUACGACUAUGAAAAGGUCAUCCACCAGCGCACCAACACCGUACCCUUUGACCUCGCGUCACACGACGACACCAUCACAGCCACUGUGCGCGUGAUCCGCCCCCUUGACGCCGAGCUGGUCCUGGAGAAGACGUACGAGAACUUCCACCAAGCCACGAGCUCCUUCACCAGCAUUGUGGGCCAUUUCCUGAGUGGAGAGCGGCCGCAGGGCGUGACCGAGGUGGAGGAAAUGCUGCGGCUGGGCGCGAGCAUCACCGGCGUGGGCGAGCUGGUGAUGGAUGGCGGCGUGGUGCGCCUGCAGCCACCCAAACAAGGAUUGCGCUACUUCCUGAGCAGCCUGGACUAUGACACGCUGCUGGAGAGCCACAAGAGCAGCGUGCGGUUCUGGAGAGUUCUGACGGCGCUCAUGGGUUUGGCAGCCUUCGCCACGGUGGCGUACGUGCUGUGGAAGCGCUACACCUGGCACAGGGAGAAGAAGAAGGAGCGCGAGAUGAUGGACGAGUUUGAAGAGCAGAGGAGGACGAGGACGGCCGGGGAAGACGAGGCCGUGCAGGUCGGAGCUUGUGUCAUGUGCCUGAGCCAGCAGCGCUCGUGUGUUUUUCUCCAGUGUGGCCACGUGUGCGCGUGCUGGCAGUGUUACCGCAUGAUACCUGUGCCAAAGAAGUGCCCCGUGUGCAGGGCUACUAUAGACCGCGUGGUGCCUCUGUACAACAGCUAAUCAGCUCUCCGGACAGAAAACCCUGAGUAGUAAAUCGUGUAAUUUUGUUUGAAAAUAUUACAAAUUUCCAACAUGGAGGUAGGUGCUAUAGUGAAUCUGGGUGAAAAUCCAAAUCCUUUAUUUAAAAGCCUUCUGUUUAAGCAGAACACCAAAUGUGUGUAUGUGUGUGUAUAUAUAUAUAUAUAUAUAUAUAUAUAUAUAUAUAUAUAUAUAUAUUAGAGCUGAUGAUUAAAAAGAUAAAUAUAUUGUGAUAAAUUGUAGAGCAAAAUACCUCAAUAAAGGUUGUGGUGAAAAUCAGGAAA